AUGUUAUCAGAUUAUGAUGAAGAAAAAUCAACAUCAAUAUCGAGAACAAAAAGACUUAUUGAAUUUUUUAGUGAAGAUGUUAUUAAAGAUAAUGAUCUUUGUUGUCGUUUUGUUAUUGCUAAUGUUUCACCUAAACGUAAACAUGAUGAAUUAAAUGAAAAAACCUUAACACGUCAAUGGAGAAUUGUUCUUGGUCCAUCAUCAUUCUUUGGUCAAACAAAUAGUCAAUAUAUUAAAUGGCUUAAUUAUCAAAAACGUAAAUAG